AUGAGUGGGGAUCGGGUGCACCCAGGACAGGCCCUAAUCUGGGUCAUCUGGAUCUUUGCAGCCAUCAUCAGGGGUAAGAUGGCUGGGUCUGUGACUGAAGAGCUGAAAAGGUAUACCAGGCUGGGAUGGGUGCAGGGGAAGCAAGCCACCGUGCUGGGCAGACUUGAACCAGUGAAUGUGUUCCUUGGGAUCCCCUUUGCUGCACCCCCCCUGGGACCACUGCGGUUUUCCAGUCCACAGCCUGCAAUCCCCUGGAAUGAUUUGCGAGAAGCCACUACCUAUCCCGAUCUGUGCUUUCAGAGCUCAGGGUGGCUCUUCACAUACCAGAGCAUGCUCAAAGUGCAUUACCCUAAACUCGGAGUGUCAGAGGACUGCCUGUACCUGAACAUUUAUGCUCCAGCCCACGCCAAUGAUGGCUCCAGUCUCCUGGUCAUGGUGUGGAUACCAGGAGGUGGCUUUGAGACUGGCUCAGCCUCCAUCUUUGAUGGGUCUGCCCUGGCUGCCUAUGAGGAUGUAUUGAUUGUGACCAUUCAGUACCGCCUAGGGAUAUUUGGCUUCUUCACCACACGGGACCAGCAUGCCCCUGGGAAUUGGGCCUUCCAGGACCAGCUCGCUGCCUUGCAGUGGGUCAAGGAGAACAUCAAGUUCUUCGGUGGAAACCCUGACUCUGUGACCAUCUUUGGUGGCUCAGCGGGAGCCAUAAGCAUUUCUAGCCUCGUUCUGUCUCCUUUGAGCAAGGGCUUAUUCCACAGAGCCAUCAUGCAGAGUGGAGUGGCCAUCAUCCCCAGCCUGAGGAGCUUUGACGAUGACCUGAAACAUGAUUUGCAGGUGGUUGCCGACUGCUGUGAUAGCAAUGUGUCAGACUCCCAGGCUUUGCUGAAGUGCCUGAGAGAAAAGUCUUCCAAGGAGUUGCUGAUGCUUGGCCAGAACACAAAGUCAUUCACUAGAGUGGUUGACAGUUCUUUCUUUCCCAAUGAACCACUGGAACUACUGUCUCAAAAGGCGUUUAACGCAGUUCCUUCCAUCAUUGGAGUCAAUAACCAGGAGUGUGGCUACAUAUUGCCCAUGAGGGACACUCCUGAGAUUCUCCUUGGCUCCAAUCAGUCUGUUGCUCUCAACUUGAUACACAUUUUCCUGCAUAUCCCCACACAAUAUUUGCACGUGGUGUCUAAAGAGUACUUCCAUGGGAAGCAUUCCCUGACUGACAUCCGAGAUACUUUACUGGACUUGUUUGGAGAUGUGUUUUUUAUGGUCCCUGCAGUGGUCACAGCUCGAUAUCACAGAGAGGCUGGUGGACCUGUCUAUUUUUAUGAGUUCCAGCACCGGCCCCAGUGCUUUGAAAACACAAGGCCGGCCUUCGUGAAGGCUGACCACACGGAUGAAAUCCGCUUUGUCUUUGGAGGUCCUUUCCUGAAGGGCGAUGUUGUCCUGUUUGAGGAAGCCACUGAAGAGGAGAAGUCUCUAAGCAAGAAGAUGAUGAAAUACUGGGCUAACUUUGCCAGGAGUGGGGAUCCUAAUGGGGACAGCUUGCCUCUGUGGCCAGUCUACGACCAGAAGGAGCAGUAUCUGAUGCUGAAUUUGAACAUCAGCAUUGGACAUAGACUGAAAGAUCAGAAAGUGGAAUUUUGGACAGAUACCUUCCCCCUGAUCAUGUCUGCUUCUGAAGCGCUUCUCAAUCCCUCUUCCUCCUUAAUCUUCUUUUCUCUACCGUUGUCUUUCCUUUUCUCUGUUGCUCCUUAGAAGUCAUAUUUGUGCAGUUCUGAUUUUCCCCCUUCUAAGUUUCUCCCUCAACCAUUAUCCUCUUUCCCCGUUGAGCUGCUUUCCAUGGGGAUUUCUGUGCACUAAUCUGCUUUAGCUGGUGUUUUAUGGGCUUAGGGAUGAACCUUAUGAAAUUCU